UUUUUUUUUUUUUUUGAUUUCCCCCUAGUCAUCGUUGCUUCCAGUUUAACACUAUCACUCUCAGCCGUAAGAUAUAUCAUCUUCCUUCACUAGUUCUCUUUUUUAACUUUGCAAUUAUGCCUUUGGAAAACCUGGAGGAAGAGGGUUUACCUAAAAACCCCAAUCUGAGAAUAGCUCAGCUGAAGUUUCUUCUGACUCUGGAUGAUCACAAACAUGAUGCUAAAGUGAAGAGCGAGCUGAUGGAGGCCAUCAAACAGAACAAUAUGGCACCGUAUUACGAAGCCCUGUGCAAAGAGCUGAAAUGGCAGGGGGACAUGGAUCUGUUAAGUAAGAUGAAGAAAGCCAACGAGGACGAACUGAAACGGCUGGAUGAUGUUUUGGAAGAUGCUGAGAAGAACCUUGGAGAAAGUGAGAUCAGGGAUGCCAUGAUGGCCAAAGCUGAAUACCUCAUACGCAUCGGUGACAAGGAAGGGGCCCUGGCUGCUUUCAGGAAGACCUAUGACAAGACGGUUGCACUUGGCCAUCGCUUAGAUAUUGUCUUUUAUCUGCUGAGGAUCGGCCUGUUUUAUAUGGACAACGACCUCAUCACCCGCAACACCGAGAAAGCCAAAAGCCUGAUUGAAGAGGGUGGUGACUGGGACAGGAGGAAUCGCCUGAAGGUGUAUCAGGGCCUCUACUGUGUGGCCAUUCGGGAUUUCAAGCAGGCAGCAGAGCUCUUUCUGGACACCGUCUCAACAUUCACCUCUUAUGAGCUUAUGGACUACAAGACUUUUGUCACAUACACUGUAUAUGUGUGUAUGAUCGCACUGAAGAGGCCGGACCUGAGAGAGAAGGUGAUUAAAGGUUCCGAGAUCUUGGAGGUGUUGCACAGUUUACCUGCUGUUCGUCAGUACCUCUUCUCUCUCUACGAGUGCCGUUAUUCGGUAUUCUUCCAGUCAUUGGCUCGAGUGGAACAGGAGAUGAAGCAAGAUUGGUUGUUUGCUCCUCAUUACCGUUACUAUGUUCGAGAGAUGCGCAUACUGGCCUACAGCCAGCUGCUGGAAUCCUACCGCUCCCUAACGCUGGGAUACAUGGCUGAGGCUUUCGGAGUCAGCACAGAAUUCAUUGACCAGGAACUCUCGCGAUUCAUUGCUGCAGGCCGUUUACAUUGCAAGAUUGACAAAGUCAAUGAGAUUGUGGAAACCAACAGACCUGAUAGUAAGAACUGGCAGUACCAAGAAACCAUCAAGAAGGGAGAUCUCCUGCUCAACAGAGUGCAGAAGCUGUCUAGAGUGAUUAACAUGUAGUCCUGCAUGUUGUGGCAUAACGAUACAUUUUCUUGAGCAACCUGACUUUUGUUUUAUGUACAGUAUAUAAUAAAACUGAAUUGAAGAAAACCAUCGGUGUUUGAGAGAGUGAAAAAAAUGGAGUCUGACACAUUUUUCUUAUAAAUAACUGUAUAAAUUAUUUUUUAUAUUUACAGAAACUUGUUACAAAACAAAUAUACUAUACAAUCUUUUCUUUAAAUAUUAAGUAAAUCUACCCUACUGUGUUUGUUCAUGAAUUACAUAGCAGCCAACACACAAAAGUCCAGCUGAUUUUGAAUAUGCAUACAAAAAAAGACCAAAAAAAAAAAAAAAAAUUUUCAAAAUAUACACACUUGUACAUUGUUUAUAUGUAGAGGCAUCUUCCCCAAAAAGCAAACUGCGUUAAACUUUGAUUCACAUUCCAAAUCUGUGGUGUUUUAAACAUCUUCACAGAGCUUUAAUCAUAUGAAAACAGUGGAGUUACAAUUUCAAGGUAAACAGUACAUUUAUCUGCCUAAAUCAUUGACUUAGAGCCACAAUGUCCCAAUUUUUUUCCACAAAAAUAUCAAUACCUCUGACUUUGAAAUUUUCUGUCAAAAGUACUUGAAGUCAUAAAACAAUACAAGGGACAGAAAGCUUUUAUAAUGUCAUUGUCAAUUGAUACUCUUGCCAUGCAUUUUUCAUCCAUCGGCCUCUGUCAGUUACUGCUCAGAGGAAAAAGGGGCAACAAAUGAGAUUCCUAGGCAGGUUUUUAAAAAAGCAAGUUUCUAAACCCUUAUUUAACAUUCAAGUACUGUGAAAAAAGGUCACAUGAAAUAAAAAUCUU